AUGGCGCUGGUUCCACACGGCGGCGGCAUGGGCAGAUCGGUGUCCAUGGGGAUGCCGAUGCUCUCGCCGGACGGCUACACCGUGUGGGCGAUCAAGGCGCAGGCGAUCCUUGACGCUCACACGCUGUGGGAGGCGGUGGCGCCGGGCGACUCGCCGGUGAACAACAAGAAGUGCAAGACGGCGAGGGCGCUGAUCCUGUCGGGGCUGCCGGAGGAUGUGCUGCUCUCGGUGGCGACGAAACCCACCGCCAGGGAGGUAUGGGACUCCCUGAAGGUGAGGUUCGUCGGCGCCGAGCGGGUGCGCGCGGCGAGGAGGGCGACGCUGCGCGGCGAGCUGGAUCGGCUGAAGAUGGAGGACGCCGAGAUGCCGAACGUGUACGCCGGAAGGCUUGCAGGCAUGGCGGCGCGGUUCGCGGGCCUAGGCGAGACGCUGGGCGACACGGAGAUGGUGAAGAAGCUCCUGGACACGUUCUGCGUCCUCGAGGAGCUGACGUACGACGAGGCGCUCGGGCGGCUGCGUGCAUUCGACGAGCGGGUGCGGCGCCGAGGGCAGGACAGCGGCGAGCGGGCGGAGGACCAGCUUUUGUACACUGCGGCGCAGUGGCGGGUGCGGGAGCGGCGGCAAGGCGGAGCACGCGACGACGACGACGACGUGCGCAGCGUGGCGACGCGGGUAGGCGGCAACAGGCGUGGCCGCUGCUCCAAGUGUGGCGAGCGCGGCCACUUCCAUGGGACUGCCCGCAGCUGA